CCUGACCGUCCUUCAGCCUCAGCCUCUCUCUGGGAUGAGCGUCUUCUGCUGAACACUGCAGCAUGUUUAGCUGGGUGAUAAAGGUUGUUCUCCUGGGAAGCUGGCAGAGGAGGACCAGACCAAUGCUUCCACUGCAGCGCCUGCGACUGAUGUGACGAAAAAAGAGGAAGUAAAACAAGAACCUUCCAAGCCAACGGAAGAGGAAAACAGCUCUCAGAGUGGGGUUUUGAGUUGGCUCUCUCAUGGGUUCAGCAGUGCUCUCCCUCAGCCAGUAAACUCCUCUAAACUGGCCAGCAGUGAAGUUAAGCAUGAGGGAAAUACAGUGAGCAGCAGGGCAGUAACACAUCGGACCAAUCUGGAAUGAUAGGCUGGAUUGUGCAGGGACUGGGAAAAGUGGUUCCACAGCCAGAUGAAAAAUACAAGGGUCACACAGAGCCGGAGGAGGUCACUGAGGGUGAGAUCGGCCGAGAGAUGUACAUCAUCAAAGCUGGAGAGGUGCAGGUGUCUGGAGGGCCUGAUGGGACGACGCUGUUUGUGACUCUGAGAGCUGGCUCUGUGUUUGGGGAAAUCAGGAAAAUGUUGACCAAAGAUAAGAGGCAUGCAGAUGAGAAGGGCCAGGCUACAGAGACGGGAGAGGUCAUCCCGCAGCGGCCGGAGACACCCAAAUUAUACAAGGCUACACUGGAGGUUCGCACAGGAGAGACUUUUGCCAAGCUGAAGGAGACAUAUAAGGGAGCAACUCUAGAGCCAUACACUCCUGUUUCUGGCAGGACCUCCACAGCUCCAGUGCCUCCUCCCUCCCCAAUGCACCGCCGUUCACCCAUUCCCCGGCCUCGUGUCCCGGAUGAAGAUGACACGGUAUCAGAGACCACCGACAGCUCCAUGAUCAUCCGCAUGACUCCCCGUGUUGAGGGAGAGGAGAUCCUCACCGUGGAAGUCAGUCCAAGAGAGGGAUUGGAGGAAGAAGAGCCGAGCAAAUCUGAAGACUAGGGCAAGGACAAAAACCAGAGUAGGGAUAGGGUAGAUAGCCUGAAGAAAAGCCCAAUGCAUACAGCCCUCAUCAAGCUUUCUAUUUUAGCAGGAUGGUGAAAGUCCUAAACAUGCUUUUGGAGAAUUUCUAGGCACCUUUUCAGAAAAGACCCAUACUGUAAGUUCCCGCAAGAACUCUAGCCUUCCAGUGGUUUUUCUAGUAAUCUCAUCACAAGACAGCGUUUUUACACAAUGCAAGAUGAUACACGAUUACUAAAGGACUUUCAUUUGCCCUAGAGGUUCUCAAGAGGUGAAAAGUAUUUCAUUUUUACAGUGGUACUGCUGUAUAAGGGUGUGUUUACACUUAUAGUUCGAUUCUCUUGGCUAUUUUGGUCUGGUUGAAAAAGUAAAUGAUACAUUUAGCCCUGGAUUGCACUGUUUAGAUGUCAUUUAGAAGUCUUUGGUCCGUACUGCUUUCAUAUUUUACAGUCAAACCGCACCAAAGUUUGUUUAAAAGAAGAACAUGACCUACGUUUUCAUGGGGUCUCAGUCUGCUUGUUUGGUGUGCACCAAGGUUCGAGUGUCAGCAUUCACACUUUUUCAAAUGAACUGCACGAACAGAGCAAUCGCAUUCAAUUUUCUUUUAACCAAACCAAACUGCCAAGUAAAACAUGCCCUAAAUAUAUUUUAAAAAUGAAGUGAGCUUCUGAUAGGUAUAACCCACUGUCAUAUAAACCCCCAAAUCUUUCUUCUGGUUAUCGGUUCCAAUAACCGGGAGUGAGUUCAGUCAACUCGGAGUAUGUUCACGCUGAACAAAGAUAUUCAGAUGCUAAAGUUCAGAUACAACAAAUGCUAAGAAGUAGUACACCAUGCUUUUUUGUUUAAUGGCUAAUUAUAUUUUUAGUGCAUAUCACCUCCUAUAUUGGCUAACCUAUGGGAGGUUUUGCAGUCAUCUUAUCCUUAAAUUUUUUUUUUUUUUUUUGUAUCAUUGUGAACAAGAAUUAUUCUGUUUGUUUGAUAAUACAUUAAGAAAAACUGACUUAACUAGAAAUAGCCAGUGCUUGCAAAAAUAAUAUGGCUAUAUGAAUUUAUUUUGCUUCCACAUUUGUUAGAUCACACAUUGCUUUAUGUUAUCAUAUUGCUUUACAAAACAAAAAAAAGAUGACUAUAUAUAUAACUAGUGCUGUCAAAUGAUUAAUCGUGAUUAAUCACAUCCAAAAUAAAUGUUUUUGUUUACGUUUACUGUGUAUAUUUAUUAUGUAUAUAUAAAAACACACACAUGCAUGUAUAUUUUAAGAAAAAUAUGUUGUUUUAUGUUUAAAUAUAUUUAUAUAUGAUUUAAUUUAUAUUAAUAUAAAUAUAUACAUGUAAAUCCAUGUAAAUAUUUUCUAAAUAUAUGCUGUAUGUGUGGAUCUUUAUAUAUGCAUAAUAAAUUUACACAGCACACACACAUAUAUCAUGUAAACAAAAACUUUUAUUUUGGAUGUGAUUAAUCGCGAUUAAUAAUUUGACAGCACUAUAUAUAACUUUGUGUAAAACCUUUCACUCCCGCUGAAAACUCCGUAAUAGGGAACAUAUGUACUGAAUGUUCAAAGAAUGACUUCCUAUGACUACUUAAAUUCCAUGAAGGUUAUCUCGGUUUUUGGAACCGAAAGUGGAGGUUAUCAGUUUACUUAUCAAUAAACUUACCCGGGUAUGUGGAAUAACCUGUUUUCUGGAAUACCCCCUGAGCCACAACAUUUCCUGAACACUCCGACCAACUGCCAUUGGCCAGAUAAACGGCUAGCCCCGCCCCAAUCUCACACCAUUGGUUGAGGCAGUGUUGCUGAUGUUCUGCUAGCAUCACAGUGUUUACAUCUUUCAAUGGAAUCAACCCGUUGGCUCACCUAUAGUUGUCACUGUAUGGUAUGCUGGGCUAAGUAAAAUAUUCUAAUAUUGAAAAAAUAUAUAUACUUCACUUCAACUUCCCUUUAAGGCCUUUUUAGGACUGAAGGGCAAUUAGGGUCAGCAGAACUCUCUGUGUAAUGGAAAGUAAACUAUUUUCCACAGCACACGCUGCUCUAAUUCCAAGACUGCCUGCUCUGCAUGUUAUUCCAACAUCCUGUCUGUUACUGCCUUAGCAGUUUCCCUCUGUACACACACUUUUUACACACACACAAACAUGUUACAACAACAUUGUACAGUUAUUUCUACUCAAACUAUACAUCUUAAAGGGAUGGUUCACCCAAAAAUGAAAAUUCUGCGAUGUUCCAACCCUGUUUAACUUUCUGUAGAUUUAAAUAUGACAAUUAUUAAAUAAUAAAACAUUUUUAAUUGUAUUUAAUUUAUUUUCAUUUGCAUGUUUUUCCUUACAGUGGAAGUCAGCAGUCACCAAAUCAGCUUGGAUGGAUAAUAAUGGCAGAACAUUUAUUUUUGCGUGAAUUAUCCCUGUCUAGUUGCAUUAAAUACACUUUUACAUUGUAUGAGUUGUGAUGUUACAAAGUAAUAUUGUGAUGCAUUACCAUGUGAAGGCAAUGUUAAUGCUUUAUUGGAUAUAUAACUGUUACAUUUAUUUUAUUAGGUAAGUCUAGAAAGUGUAUUUGUUUCAAACGACUCACGAAAAAACACAUGGUGAAAAUACCCCACUGAUACCUCCAUGUGUUUUGAUAAGUACUACGAGUACUAAUCAAUUGUUGAAUGAUUUUUCAGUGUUUCCAGGUCAGUUCAUGCUGAACUCCUAGUGUGAACAGGCACCAAAAGAUCUAUAAAUGGAAAGUUACAGCUUA